CAGUUUGGUUCGGAAGCCCCUGGAGGAGAAGCAAAGGAAAAAACACUGAACUGAGCUUUGAGCUCCGAGGUGAGCUACUGCAACUAAUACACGUUUUAAAUCAAAUCCAUAAGGAAUCGUAUGGGAGAUUGCGGUGCAUGUUACUUAGUUUUAGGUUGAUCCGAAUCCACAUCCAGAAGAAAGCUUCAUCUAAAUUCCCACAAAAUAAUUAAAUAAACCGACACUGUAUGAACUGCAGAAUGGAUGGAUUUUACGACCAGCAAGUGCCUUACAUGGUUACAAAUAACCCACAAGGGACAAAAUGUAAUGAGAGAACAGUAAAUGAGAGGAAAAGAAAAUUCUUGAACACAGACCUUGCUCAUGAUACAGAAGAACUUUUUCAGGAUCUAAGCCAAUUGCAAGAAACCUGGCUUGCAGAAGCUCAAGUUCCUGACAACGAUGAGCAGUUUGUACCAGAUUUCCAAGCUGAAAACCUGGCUUUUCACAGUCUCCCACUGAAAAUCAAAAAGGAACCCCAGAGUCCUUGCUCAGAGUUAAGCUCCACUUGCAAUCAAGAACAACCUUUCCAGUUCAGUUAUGGGGAAAAGUGCUUGUGUAAUGUCAGUGCUUAUGAUCAGAAGCCACAAGUGGGAAUGAAGCCUUCCUGUUCACCGACACCAUCCAGCAGCACUCCAGUGUCCCCUCUCCACCAUGCUUCACCCAAUCCAGCACCAACUCCCAAACCAGACAGGACCUAUCCUUCUCACCUUCCACCGUCCCAGCAAAUACCUGACAACUCUUUCUCAAUGGACCACAGAUUUCGACGACAGUUGUCAGAGCCCUGCCAUUCAUUUCCCACCCCCUCUGCAAUGUCCAGAGAUGGUCGGCCUAUGUACCACAGGCAAAUGUCAGAGCCCAACAUCCCAUACCCACCACAGACCUUCAAACAGGAGUACCCUGAUCCCGUAUAUGAGCAUGCUGCCAUGGUGGGGGGUCCAGCCAGUCAGAAUUAUCCACCAUCAAUGAUUAUUAAACAGGAGCCAAGGGAUUUCACAUAUGACUCAGAGGUGCCUAGCUGUCAUUCCAUCUACAUGAGGCAAGAAAGCUUCCUGCCCCAUUCCAGCAGAACUGAAGGUUGCAUGUAUGAUAAAGUACCAAGGCACUUCUAUGACGAUACCUGUGUGGUUCCUGAGAAGUUUGAAGGUGAUAUUAAACAAGAACCUGGCAUGUACCGAGAAGGACCCUCGUACCAGCGGCGAGGUUCCCUUCAGCUUUGGCAGUUUCUGGUAGCCCUCUUGGACGACCCUUCCAACUCCCACUUUAUAGCCUGGACAGGUCGGGGCAUGGAGUUCAAGCUCAUAGAGCCAGAAGAGGUGGCACGUCGUUGGGGCCUUCAAAAAAACCGUCCAGCCAUGAACUACGAUAAAUUGAGUCGCUCCCUUCGCUAUUACUAUGAAAAGGGAAUCAUGCAAAAGGUAGCUGGAGAGAGAUAUGUGUACAAGUUUGUUUGUGACCCAGAAGCGCUUUUCUCCAUGGCAUUUCCAGACAAUCAGCGGCCAGUGCUGAAGACAGAUCUGGAGCGCCACAUCAAUGAAGAAGACACAGUCCCACUGUCCCACUUUGAUGAGAGCAUGGCCUACAUGCAAGAAGGAGCCUAUUGUAGUGCCCACCCCUAUAAUGAAGGCUAUGUGUAUUAAUAACUGACGCAGCAAGUCAGCCCUCAAAUGCUUAUAUAUAUAAUCAUUGAUCAAGACUGGAUUAGGAUUCACCCUGGUCAUUUUGUAUAUCUCUGACAUCACGCAGAGGGGACUUCUUUUCUGUUACACCCACGAUCCACCAUGGAUAGCGCACUUUAUUGUUACAGACAGAAAUUGUAAGAUAAAUAGAGGGAGGUCGUGACUUUACUUGAUACUGCUUUUGGGGAGGGCAUUGUUGUUCAAGAGAGGGUUUGCAAUGUUAAUUUGGAAGCUACAUUGUCCAGUAAGGCCAUUAACAACAAUAUAAAGGACAGAAUAGGAACUUUCCUCAUAUGUAAUGUCUGAUAUUAACAGAGUAAUAUUUUCUUGGGUUUUCUUUUUUUUUUUUCCCUUCUUAUCUGAUUGCUGGUGUUGGCAAUAGAGUUUAUUCAUUUAUUAUUCUUGCAAAUGUAUCUUUCACUUCAUGGUAAUUUUGCAGAGAUGAGAUGAUGCUGUCACUUGUAAAGUUAGACUUGGAAAACUGAUACUAUGGUGUAAUACUCUCUAAGGCUUAAAGUUCAGGCUGCAUUUACUGGUAGUAGGUUUUUGGCAAAACUUACAUACAUCUGUAAAGAAUCCAAUCCAAAUGCAAAAUCAUUUGGUAUUGCUUAUGUCCUCCAGAAUUUUGGUAUAAAGAACUAUCAGUGUCCUUUCCCCCACCCCACCCCCUCGAAGAAUUUUUUAGCGCCAUACUUUAUUUACUGAAGAGUGACUGUAUUUUUAAAUCACACAUCAAUAUCAAAGCUGUAUAAACACAUUAAGCACUCCAUAAUAAUAGUCAGUAAAUACGUACUUUUGUGGUUUCAGAGUACCUCUUACUGCUGUUUUGAAUGUGUUUAUAUAAUAUAGGAGUGUGUUAAUAGAAUGUGCUGCUGCUUCUGUUGCUGUCCUGUUUUCUGUAAUUUUCAUAAAGCAAGGUUAACUAAAGCAACUCAAAGCAAUGCUGGAAGUAGCAUUUCAGGACAACAUGGAUGGCUUGGGGAGAAGCAGCUGUGACGCAUUAGGCGGGGGAAAAGCAAAGUUUGUGGGGAAUAAUAGCCAUUUUCUAUACUUUUGAGGCAUAAGCAAUUAGGAAAUAACACUUACUACCCAGGAACGAAAAAAAAAUAAUUUUUUACUCAGUGAAAUUGCAGAACUCGCGCAUGAUGCUUGGCUUGUCAUUAAUUUCAGAAAAAGCAGUGGCUCAGUACACGUCCCAUCCAUUUGAACCCUUUUCUAGGCAAGAAUAGAGACAUAGAAGAAGCUUUUCAGUUAGGCAGGUCAGACAUGUGGGUGGGAGUGAGAAUACCACAGGAUUAUCAGAUUCUUCCAUGUCGUUAUCAACACAUUGCUGGUCUGUCGAGGAGCAUAAUGACAGGGGAAGUACGCUAGUACCCACUUCGGCCCUUUCUCCAACAGCAGUUCUCAGGACUGAGGAGAGAGGCGGCUGUGGGAAUUGACGCUGAAAUGUAUAAAUGAAAAGAAGCAGCCUCUACUUGGAAGUAAUUGCAUUGGUCUCAGAGCACUUAGUUGAAUGUUACAGUAGCAUAUUUGGAUUCUUGGUUCAUAAAUAAGACGCCUGACAGACAGUAUCAUACUCAAGUGUAAAGGCUCUUGUAACGUUCAGUACACUGAAUUUGCACCUUGAUUGAACCAUUUCAUUGCAUGCAAACAAGGAAAACCUACUUUUUUUUUUCUUUUUUUUUAUGGAAAUAGGGAAAUAAUUUUGUUUUAAAAAUAUAAUUGCCAAUGUAGUAGAGGAUGAACAUUGUGUGCUGGAACAUUUGACAUAAGUGACUUUUGUGACCUAGUGACUUUUGUCUGUCAGGGGUACAGUUGAUUUUCAUUUGAGGCUUCUUUAAAAAAAAAAAAAAAAAAAAGCCAAGAUGUGUGGUGCUUACAACUUGUAAAUUUAAAAACAUAAAUAAUAAUAAAUAAAUUAUUUUGAAUGCCCCUUAUCUGAGUUGACAAACUUACUACCAAUCAUGUUAAUAAAAAAUAGUGUAGUGGACAUGGUAUCUAUGAACUUAUGCCUGGCUUUAUUGUGUUUUUAAUGUUUUAUUUACCCCCUUUUUUUUUUUUUUUUUUUUUUUUUUUAAUAACUUAUGUCAAGGUUUAUAUAAAAUUUGUCAAUGCAGCUUUGGUCAUUUUUUUUACUGGCAGAUAAAUAAAUAUGCCAGCUGAAUUCUGCAACGCUCUUGUGUAUUUAAGCUUUUUGUUAACGCAUACUGAAAUUAUGAUUUUAAGAUUUUUUAUUUUGUUAAAGCAAUGAACAAGGACAAAGCCAGUUUAGGUACUCAGUUGUUUUAUAUUUAAGUGUCUUUGCCUAUAAUAAAAUGGGA